CAGAAGAAGGGCCUCCAGUGCUCCAGAACAGGGCAGUUAAGAGGUUUCAGACCUGGAGUUUGCAGCAUUGGAAGUGAGCUGAGGCCUGAGGGCAAAGGGUGUUGCAGCAGAGCAGCUUAGGGACAUCUUUGCCCUCAGAUGGAAAGAAGAGGGAAAAACUUUGAUCCUAUUGGUGGCUUCAUUAAGUGAAAAAACAAACAAACAGAUGAAAGCAACGAUGGAUGAGCCAGACGGUUCUGAUGCCCUCAGUGCAGGGGGCAGCCAGGAAUUCUGGGAGAGGACAGUCCAGAAGCGGUUCCUGGGUGAGGACCCUGCCAGCUCAGACAUACAACGGCAGUGCUUCAGGCAGUUUUCCUACAAGGAAAGCAAGGGGCCAAGAGAGGUUUGCAGCCAACUCCACCAUCUCUGCUGUCAGUGGCUUAAGCCAGAGCACCACUCAAAAACUGAGAUCCUAGACCUGGUGAUCCUGGAGCAGUUUCUGGCUAUCCUGCCCCUGGAGAUGGAGAAGUGGGUCAGGGAUUGUGGGGCAGAGACCUGUUCUCAGGCAGUGGCCCUGGCAGAAGGUUUCCUCCUGAGUCAAGCAGAGGCAGAGAAGGAGCAGAAAGAGCAACUGGUGAGAGCAUUUCCUUCUUGUCCAAAGAUCAACUGUCUCUUGGAAGAAAUACACUCUGACUUCCUUGUGGUAGAGAAGGCUCCAUUGGACACAAGGCAGAGUCUCCAAUGGAGGGAGAUCAAACAGGAGUGUGAUGAAGAGGCCCCCUUGCAAGAGGCUGGAAUGAUGACUCAGUUAUCCCUUUCUCCUUUUUGUGAUGGACCAGAACCAGAUCAGGGCCUGGUGACCUUUGAGGAGCUGGCUGUGUCUUUCUCCCCGGAGGAGUGGGCCCUGCUGGAUCCUGACCAGAGAGCCCUGCACAGGGAGAUCACAGGGGAGAUCCGAGGGAUUGUGGCCUCUCUUGCAGAAAUUUGGAGGAAAGCAUAUGCAUGUCCUAGGUACAGGAAGUGUUCCAGGCAAAACCUGGAACUUACCAGCUACCAACAACCCCGAUAUUCAGAAGAAGAAAGUUAUAUCAGAGAGAAGCCCUUCCAGUGCAAUGUAUCUGAGAAAUGUAUUCCUCAACAUACAAUACAGGUGUCUCACAAGAUGCUCCAUGGUGGGGAAAAACUGUAUCAAUAUGAGAUUUCUGCGAACAGUUUUGAUGAUAAAUUGUACAAUAUAAACCACCAAGAAGUCCACACAGUAAAGAAACCACACAGAUGCCAAGAGUGUGGAAAAUGCUUUGCUUAUAAUUCACUACUUAUGACACAUCUGAAAGUACACACAAACCUUGUGAGCCACUGGAAAGUCCACCCAGGAGAGAAGCUAUUGAAAUGCCUGGGAUCUAGAAAAUGUUAUUCUCAAAAGGAGGUCCUUGUACAUCAUGAGAAUGGCCACACAGGAGAGAAACUCUACAAAUGCCAGGAGUGUGGUAAAAGUUUUGCUCAAAAGGCAUGCCUUGUGAUUCAUCAGUGGGUACAUAGAGAAGAGAAGCCAUACAAAUGUGAAGAGUGUGGGAAACUUUUUUCUCAAAAUGCAGACCUUGUGAAGCACCAGCAAGUCCACACAGAAGAAAAACUAUACAAAUACCAAGAAUGUGGAAAAUGUUUUGCUCAGAAUUCACACUCUCUCUGUCAUCACAGAAUCCAUAUGGUAGAGAAAAUGUACCAAUACCAGGAGAAUGGAAGAUAUUUUAUUCAAAGGGGAGGCCUGGUGAAUCACCAGGAAAUCCAUACAGAACAGAAACUAUACAGAUGUCAGGAAUGUGGGAAGUGCUUUUAUGACAGUUCACAACUUGAGGUACAUCAGAGCAGCCACACAGAAAAUAAGCCAUACAAAUGUGAGAUGUGUGAACAAUGUUUUCCUCAACAGGCAGACCUUGAAAAGCACCAGAGAAUGCACAACCGAGAAAAACCAUACAAAUGCCAGGAAUGUGGGAAAUGUUUUGCUUACAAGUUUAAUCUUGGAAUACAUCAGCGUGUUCACACAGGAGAAAAACCCUACAGAUGUCAAGAAUGUGGGAAAUGUUUUGCUCAGACUUCACACCUUUUCAGGCACCAUACAAUCCAUGCAGCAGAAAAACCAUACAAAUGCCAGGAAUGUGGGAAAUGUUUUUCUACAAGCACCAUACUUGUGGCCCACCAGAGAGUCCACACAGGCGAGAAACCCUACAAAUGCCAGGAUUGUGAGAAAUGUUUUGCUCAGAGGGGACAUUUAGUGAGCCACCAGAUAGUCCACUCAGGUGAGAAACCCUACAAAUGCCAGGUGUGUGGGAAAUGUUUUGCCCGGAAGGGAGAUCUAGUGAGCCACCUGAAAAUUCACACAGGAGAUACCCCAUACAAAUGCCAGCAGUGUGGGAAAUGUUUUCGUCGGAAGGGACACCUAGUGAGUCACCACAGAAUCCAUACAGGUGAGAAACCCUACAAAUGUCAGGAAUGCGAAAAAUGUUUUGCUCAGAAAUCAGACCUUGUGAAGCACCAGCGAAUCCAUACAGGAGAGAAACCAUACAAAUGCCAAGAGUGUGGAAAAUGUUUUACUCGAAAGGCAUGCCUUGUAAUUCAUCAAAGAGCCCACACAGGUGAGAAACCUUACCAAUGCCAGGAGUGCAGAAAAUGUUUUGCUCAGGAAUCAUACCUUGUGAGGCACCAGCGAAUUCAUAUGGGAGAGACCCUGUAUGAAUGCCAGGAAUGCGAGAACUGUUUUGCUUCUAAGUCAGAACUUUUGACACACCACAGAAUUGACACAUGAGAGAAAUCAUUCAAAUGCCCAGAGUAUGGGAAAUCUUUUGCUAUGAGUGCAACUCCAGUGAUACAUGAGAGAAUGCACGGAAGAAAGGGACCAUUCAAAUGCCAGGAAUGUGACAUUUUAUUGGUAGCUGUUUUAUUUGCAGGUAGCGCUUACCAUCAAAUUCUUCCUAAAGUUUUCCUGGAUUCUCCUUUCUUCUGAUUUGAAUGUUUUGGUACAGGUCCUAUUCUCUGGAGCAGCAAGAAAUAAGUGCACUCCGUCUUCCACAUGACCAUCCUUCAGAUGUUCAAAGAUGAUUCUCAUAUCACCUAUCAGUCUUUACUUCUCAAGUUUACAUAUACCCUGUUCCUUCCGUUGUUCCUCAUAGGGCUUGUUUUCCAGACCUUUUACCUUUCACCUUCUAGAAACAUUCCAGCUUGUCAAUGCCAUUCUUAAAUUCCAAUACCCAGAAAUGAACAUAGUAUUCCAGGUGAGCCCCGACCAAAGUAGAACAGAGUGGUACCAUUAUGUCCCUUCAUCUAGGACAGGUGCUGGCCUCUCUUCCCACCCACCUCCCUGCUUCUUUCCUUUCUUUUUUCCUUUUACUUUUUUCCCUAUUAUAUUUUGUUCACUCACAUCAACCUAGAGCUUUGUUGACAUCCCCUGCAGAACAGGACUGAUUGGUUUAUAUCUAGCCACCACAAACUGCUGCUAAAUAGCUCUUACUAUCAAGUUCUUUCUGAUGUUUCACUGGAAUCUUUCUUGUAAUUUGAAUUCUUGAUUCUGGUUGUUCUCUGGAGCAGCAGAAGUCGAGGUCACUUCAUUUUCCAUAACACAGUCCUUCAUAUGUUCUCAUAAAAUUAUCAUGUCAUCUUCUCCAGACAAAACAUAGGUAACAUAUGAAAUUCCUUCAACUGUUUCUCAUAAGGCUUAGUCUCCAAACCUUUUACUGUCAUGGCUGCCCUCCUCUGGAUACAUUCCAGCAUGUCAUUGCCCUUCUUAAAUGGUGAUGGCCAAAACUUAAGGCAGUGCUUCUGUCGAGGCCUCACCAAAGUGGAAGAGGGUGUUUCUUUCCCCUGAUCAAGGUAUUCUACCUCUGCCUAGAAUCACAUUGGUAGUUUCAGCGCUAGUAUCACACUGCUGAUUACAGUUUAAUGUGUGCCCACUAAGACCUUAGAUCCUUAAGAAGUUAAGAACACUUAAUUGUUCUCAAGUCAAAGAGAGACAAGGCCUUGAGGGAUUUUGUGACAGAAAGAGUGUCCUUCCUAGAUACCACCUGCCAACUAGAACAGAUCAGGUGGCAUCCAUAUCCAUAAACUAUGGAUAGCAUCUUGAUAGUACAUAAUUAGACAUUUUCUAAUUAGUGUUCACGACAAUACCUUUGAAGGUAGUUCUUUUUUAUUCAUUAAGUGAAACUGCAAUUGAAAUCUGGUUUAAAUCAUAAACUUGAGAGAGACCCUGAGUGCCAUCUGGUCCAACCCCAUUUUGUCAUGCAAGAAGACAAUAAAAGCAGCCCUGACAGAUGGUGGAUGAAGGGAGGGCUUCUCUUCUUCUAGGCAGCCCUGGUGGAGCUAGCCUCCCUCCCUCUCCCUCUCCCUCUUUGUAUAUUAAUUACUUACUGGCAGCACAUUCCUAAUAAUUCAGACACGCAUAAGAAUGGCAGCCAGCAAGAUCAAAAAAAUGAGGCAGGUCAUCACGCCAAGCCAAAAAUCAGGGUUGCUUCCACUUCCCUCGUGGUUGCUAGCAUGGUUCUGCAGCCAUAUGUAGAUGGGAGGUUUGUCGUCUCCGUCUCCCAUGUCUGGUCCUGGCUUGACCACAGUCCAAUAAAGCUAGGGUUGCCAUAAGUCAGGAUCUCCAAACCAGGACAAAUGUAGGACAACAUUUUCAAAUGUAGGGCUUUUUUAAAAUGGAGGACACUCGAAAAAAUUG